CAUGCAUAUGAUACAAUUUGAAGGAUAAUAAUCACUUGGACAACAGUUUGGGAGAGAAAGCCUGAAGCGUCAUAAGAUGUGGCUGUGUGAUCGGACGGACGGUGGCGGCACCGAAAAAGGGAUUUGUGACGGACGGAGGCUAAGGUUGUGCAAGUUUUGCCAACAAGUUUCUUUGCAUCCUAACCUCCAUCAUCAUUUAAAUAAGCUGUAGCUUCCCGGUCUUCCUCAUCUCCAUCCUCUCCCCUCGUCUUCUUCCCCCUUUCUUUCCUUGCAAUGUCUGCUGAAUCUCCAGUUCGCCACGCCUCUGCUUCUCCCGCAGGAUCGCGUUCAUCUUCUCCAAAUAAUCCCCGUGACACCUUGACUCUUCGUGCUCUUGUGAACACAAAGGAAGCUGGCGUCAUCAUAGGCAAAGGCGGAAAAAAUGUCGCUGAUCUUCGUGAGCAGACUGGCGUCAGAGCUGGCGUCAGCAAGGUUAUCCCUGGCGUGCACGAGCGCGUCCUUACCGUUGGCGGAUCUGUUGAAGCUGUUGCAAAGGCGUACAACCUCAUAAUCUCCCAACUUGUGUCAUCCAGCCCGUCGCCCAUCUCUCUAUCAUCGUCAUCGCCUCAUACCUCAAUCCGUCUUCUAAUUUCUCACAAUCUCAUGGGUACGAUAAUAGGCCGCAGCGGUGGCAAAAUAAAAGCUAUUCAGGAUGCUUCGGGCGCGCGCAUGGUCGCAUCAAAGGAGAUGCUCCCACAAUCAACUGAGCGCAUCGUCGAAGUACAGGGCGCACCUGAUUCGAUCGGCCGUGCCAUCGAGGAGAUUGGCAAAUGCUUGUUGGAAGAUUGGGAGAGGGGUCAGGGCACCGUUCCCUUCCAUCCUGGUGCUGGUGAUGCUACCUCAGGUACGAGACGAUCAACCAAUGGCUACUCGGCUGGGACCCGCAAGUCCAAUGGAGAUGUAGCCCGACGUUCGCCUCCACCUUCGCCCCAUUCACCUACCGUUGCACAAUCGACAGCCAACCUUCGGACGCAGAAUAUUUCCAUACCAUCGGAUAUGGUUGGAUGUAUUAUUGGUCGAAGCGGAAGCAAGAUCACAGAAAUUCGGCGACUGUCCGGAUCCAAGAUCUCCAUCGCCAAAGCUCCACAUGAUGACACGGGCGAACGGAUGUUCACCAUCGUUGGUACUCCGGAGGCCAAUGAAAAGGCUCUUUUCCUGCUCUACAAUCAGCUCGAAAGUGAGAAGGAGAGGAGGGUUGGCAGAGAACAGCAACAGCAAGAGGAAUAAUUUGACAUACACACAAUUCAGUGUCCGUUUUCGUAUUGGAGACUCUUCAAAACCUGAUCCCGCGUCCUACUCGCACACGCGUCUCAUAUGUAUCAUGUCCCAUCACUUCGCCGCUUCUUGUCUUGCUCGUUGUCCUCAUGCUGUUUCGGCCGUACUCUGUUUUGUGCAUCGCCUCGCGCCAUCUGGUACAACAUGCUCAUACUGUCCUCUUACCCGCCUGUGCAUUCCUGUUGUCUCCUUCCAUCCAAAAAUCCUACAUUGAUACGUGUUGAUAAAUUUCUCUCGCCUUCUCCCUUCGCCUUCUUGCCUCGCUCUCAUGCUUGUGUUUGCCAUCUUCCUCUCUCGUAAAAACUCAUCGCUCCCACUGUCAUGCGUUACAUACAGCACAUUGUAGUACACAUACUCACGGACGAUAAAUCUAUGCACGUAUAAGUACUUGCUGUUGUUAUACAUAUCGUCAUACGUAUCAUCAGAUCACGUGUGA